AUGGGAGAUACGGAAAAGAUAGAAAUCCCAAUUACAAAAUUACAAUGGGGAUUUCGAGGUACCCAAGUUUUUUUCGCGUUUCUUGCUAUGGCUACAAUUGCUGCAGUUAUAUCAUUCGACAACAAAUACGUUUCUAGUAAAAUUUUGGAUAACUUAUACCUGUUUAUAUUGCUCAUAUCAAUGUUCGUCGCGGGAGCAAUUGUCGGAAUUCCAUAUGUCUAUCUUCAAUAUGGAAAACUUAAACCGAUGGCGAGAGCUUUACGACAUUUACGAGUAGAGUUUGUUUUAUCGGCAAUUUGGGCUUUUUUAUUGUUUAUUGUAACACUCGGAGUGACAAUUGAAAUUGCGUUUAGAAAAUGUGCUCCUUCUGAUUAUUCCGAGGAAUUUCUUAACUAUACAGCGGGAAAUAAAACAAAUGGCGAGCAUCUUUUUGAGAAAGGAUUAAAAGGCGCAUGUACAACACAACGAGCUAGUAUUGCCUUUGGAUGGUUUGCACUUGCUUCUUGGAUAGGAUCAAUGCUAUUAAUUACUAAAGGAUGGUAUGACAAUCGAAGACAACCUGUAAAGCAUGACUAUCAUCCGCAUGAAGUUACAAUGCAUUCGAAUUCAACGAGGUCUUCCUUAGAGGAAAGUGGACUUCCGCAUUAUCCAGAAGUUGGUCAACAACAACAACCAGCAGCAGCUGCACCACCACAAUCGCAACCUGAACCACCACCCUCGUCACCUCCAAUAUAUCCAGUCGCUUUUCAAUCUCCUCCACCUCAACAUCAAUCUCAACCUUAUGGCGUAACGCCGCCACCAUCCAAUAUUGCAUCAAUUCAAAUACCUGCAUCUCAAAUUCAAAUUCCUCCGGGUAGUAUUCCUUUCCCUGAACCAAAGCACUAUUGA